UCUCUAACUUCCAUUCCUCUCUUUCCCGCCACUACCCCAACCUUCUCUUCUCUCCCUCUCGCUUGCUCUUCCAUCUCCCCAUCCCCACCACAUCCCCACCAUCACCAUUUCUAUACCUCCUAACCUCCUCCUCUUCCUCAUCAUUCACGAGACCAUUCAGCAGCAGAAGCAGAAGCAGCAGCUUAGAAACAUCACUUCAAACACCCAAUAAUCGCAACCCCAAAUUAGUCAAUUUCUCUUUAUCAGAUUCCGAUUCCGACAACGACACCGCUGCUUCUCCGCCGCCGUCGAAGGUCAUCGACAAGACCAAGCUCCCUCCGCCGUACGACCCCUUCAACAAAAAAUCAGCGAUAGAGGAGCCCAAAGACCCCAAAAACCUGCAAGAAGUGUUCCACAAGAUAAGCAAAGAUGGACUCUUCAACAAUGCAGUCAAGAUGUUCGACGCAUUGUCCAAAGACGGUCUCACCCACGAAGCUCUCGAGCUUUUCCGCCAAAUCAAUGAAAAGGGUCACAUGCCCGACGUGGUGGCCCACACCGCGGUGGUUGAGGCCUACGCCAAUGCGGGCCAGGCUAGAGAGGCCUUGAGGGCAUAUCUCCGGAUGCUGGCAUCCGGAGUGUUGCCCAAUGCGUAUACGUAUGCGGUGUUAAUUAAAGGGCUUGCAAAUGAUGGGAAGUUGGUGGGGGAGGCGAAGAAGUAUGUGGUGGAGAUGAUUGGGAAGGGGAUGAGGCCCAAUGCGGCUACUUAUGUGGCGGUUUUCGAGGCAUUUGUGAGGGAAGGGAAGGUGGAGGAGGAGGGGAGGGAGUUUUUGGAGGAGAUAAAGGCGCGGGGGUUUGUACCCAACGAAAAGGCGGUCAGGGAGGUUUUGAGGGACAAGAGGGGACCAGUGGUUCGAACCAUCAUGGACUUGCUCUUUGGGAAGUAGGUGGAUUGUGCUUAUUGAAAUCUCAUGUUCUAUGAACUGUGGAUUUGUCUCUCUUGUUCAGAUAAUAUGCUUGUGCACAACUUGGGCUUGCUAGUUUAGUGGCAUUCUCAAAUUUCAUGAACAUGCUUUCUAGUAAUUCGUAAUGGUUUAAAAAAAAAAAAAAAUUGGGGUGCUUUGGGGACCAGGGGGUUCAUGCAAUAUCAGGCUCUGUUUAGGAUUUGGAACAUAGAUGUGCUGUUUUGAUAGUGCAACAUGUUUGUUUUAUCUCUGUAUGGCAUAACUUUUCUUGAACAUGUUUUGAGGCAACUAUUUGAAGUUUGAGUGGUUUUGGGA